AUGGGCGUGGUCAUUAAAACCCUUCCUCCGUGGCUACUCUGCUAAUGCUAAUGCUAAAGGCUUUGUCCUGUUGUGGUCUCAGCUGUUGUGUAGAAGUGUAAACAACACAUUUAUCCACACAAAUCUUAAAUCACUCUCAACUAUGAGUAAAAGGAAAGCGCCACAGGAAACUCUGAACGAAGGAAUCACAGAUUUUCUCAUAGAGUUGGCCAAUUAUGAGAGAAAUGUCAACAGAGCCAUCCAUAAAUACAAUGCUUACAGAAAAGCAGCAUCUGUGAUCGCCAAAUACCCUCAAAAGAUCAAAAGUGGAACCGAAGCAAAGAAACUGGAUGGAGUUGGUGCAAAGAUAGCUGAGAAAAUCGAUGAGUUUUUAGCGACAGGAAAGCUGCGCAAGCUGGAGAAGAUUCGCAGUGAUGACACAAGCUCCUCCAUCAACUUCUUAACUCGAGUGACUGGGAUCGGUCCUGCUGCGGCCAGGAAAUUUUACGAUGAAGGCGUCAGGAACUUAGACGAUCUGAAGAAGAUCGAACACAAACUGAACCAUCAUCAGCAGAUCGGGUUAAAGUACUUUGAGGAGUUUGAGAAGAGAAUCCCUCGUGCAGAAAUGCAGAAGAUGGAGGCUCUGAUACUGAAGGAGCUGGAUGUGGUGGACCCCGAGUACAUCGGCACCAUCUGCGGCAGCUACAGACGAGGAGCAGAGUCGAGUGGUGAUAUUGAUAUACUCCUGACCCAUCCGGACUUCACCUCUCAGUCUGAGAAACAGCCCAAACUCCUUCAUGCCGUCGUGGAUCAUCUGGAGUCCGUCGGCUUCAUUACCGACACACUUUCUAAAGGAGACACUAAGUUUAUGGGUGUGUGUCAGCUGAAGAAAGAAGAGGAAGAUGAAGAAGAGUAUUUGCACCGCCGUAUUGACAUCAGGCUUAUCCCGAAGGAUCAGUAUUACUGCGGUGUGCUGUACUUCACCGGCAGUGACAUAUUCAACAAGAACAUGAGGACUCAUGCGCUGGAGAAAGGCUUCACUAUCAACGAAUACACCAUCCGUCCCGUGGGUGUCACCGGUGUUGCUGGAGAGCCUCUGCUGGUGGACAGUGAGAAGGACAUCUUUGACUACAUCCAGUGGAAAUACAAGGAACCGAAGGAGCGCAGCGAGUGAAACGAAGACAGACGACAUUCAUCCUGUGUGCUGCUCAUUUAGGUCAUGUUAGAAGAAGUAGAAGAGGCAUUUAAGGAGGCUUUUUGAAGUACAUUUUAAAGUUGUGAAAACAGCUACAUAAUAGUAGUUGAUGGUGCUUUUUAAUCAUAAUAGUCAAAUUUAAAACCAAGGGUUAUGGAGAGAAAUGACGUCACAGGCAUGUCAAUAUUGUGAUAUUACAUGAGAUCAUAAAUCUCUCAUAGGUAUAGCAGCAAACAUGUUUUUAUUUCAACAUACUCGACGCUGGUGUGCAAGAAAGCAAACUGAAGAAAUAUACGAAUGAUGAUUUGUCUGUGGUUGUGUUAUUUAAAAUCUAUUAUGGUGUUGUUGGGAUAUUUUUAUUUAUAUAAUAGUCUAGCAUGUUAUGAGAUUCUUGAGGUUUGUGUGAAAAUUUGGAUUCUGCAUUAAAAAUCCCACAAGUCA